UCCGGGUUUGGUCAAGAACCUGGAAUGUAUACUGUACACUGUAAACACUUAAAUAAACAAUAAAUACUUGCAUAAAGUACGACAUUUUAGCAGUUCAUGUGUGUGUGUUUAUAUCGUUUACACGAUUUAAUUACAGCCUGUUUGGAGAAACAGCUCUGAAAAUGUCCAUGAAAAUAAUGAGUCUUGUUCUGACUCUGAAAUGAUCAGUGAGUCAAACAGAGUGAACAUGAGCAUGGAGUUAACAUCUCCACCUCAGCUGGGAUACACUGAUAUGGGGAAAUAUUUCAUAUGGGAGGAAAACCUUUAAUUCACCGACAUCCCUCUGCUGGUUUACUCCACUCAGUGUUGUGUCUCCUCCACCAUGAGACAUUCCUGCAGCAUUCAUUACAGUGUCCUGUUCCUCCUGACAUUCAUCACUGUAAAUACACUGGCCUCCACUUCUGUAACAGCAAAACUACAUCAGUCUGCUACACUAUCAUGCAAUAACAAAUGUUCUGGUGUUGUCACAUGGAGCAUGUUCCAUAAUCCAGGCAAUAUACUGGCUCAGUGUAAUAAAACAAAGUGCUGGUCAGAGAAAGGAUAUGAAGUGUCUCAUGAUCAGUACCUGAAGGGAAAGUUUCUUCUCACCAUCACUGCAGUAGACUACAGUAAUCGUGCUCUAUACACAUGUGUGUGUGAUGGUGUAGAUGCAUGUGAUGUGCGUCUCAUCAUUCAAACUGUGACAUCAUUAGUUCAUUUAAACUCUGGUGAAGCUCUAGUGAUGGAUUUGCCCAUACUAGAGCCAGUGGAGGUGAUGUAUAAAACCAGAGAUUCAGCUGAUUUAUACGGUUCUCAGAUCUGUACAGUGAAUCAACGCUCACUACAAUGUCAACCUGAAUACACACACAGAGCAUCACUCAGUUACCCAAACAUUACACUGAGAGACGUGAACAUGACUGAUAGUGGUACUUACUCCAUCUGGGACAGGAAGAAUGAGGACAUCAUUCAUAUAUACACACUCAUUGUGAACGUGGUCCAGCAUGAAUCAGAAAGGAAGUUUGAAACUUGGAUUGGAGUGUCUGUGGGGCUGUUCAUGUUAGUGAGCAUAGUUAUUGUUGUUGUGUUGGUGAUGAAGAAUCGGCAUAAAAAGUUUCGUAACCUGGAAAAAUCAAACCCUGAGGAAACUAUCAAACUAAAUGGUUGCACUAGCGAGGUGAAGAGCCGACCGAGAUCAGACAGCGAUGCAAAAGCAGAUCAGUUGGCAAGGCAGAUGGUAGAGCUGGAUAAGCUCAUACAGCGCUACAACUCUGAAUCAAUGAGAAAAUCUCAGAGCUGGACAAACCAGAAUGAUAUCCCAGUGGUGGAAAUGUUGACAAUAAAAAAGACAGAAAUGGAGGCAGUUGUACAGAGAAGGCAGGACUCAGAGCAGGACACAAUAUGCCAGUGGUGGAGACUAAAAAGACCAGAACUGGACACCAUCAUAGAGCACUGGACAAAGUAUAACACAGAACUGGACCAGUUCAAACAAAACCUGUGCAACAAAGUGUCACACCAAAGCAAUCCCCAAACUCGGUGUCCCAAAGAGCGCCGCAGGAUACACUCAUGUCCACCGGACUGCAUCUCCCAGAACACACAGUCAAUGAUUUAACAGGGAAUUAAUAACACUAGUAUGUUUUCUGAUUGUUGCUGCUGUGAGUUGUUGGUAUUUUUGUGCUGUAAACACAUUUACCGUGGCUUAGAAUUAAUUGUGAGAAGCCAGAUGAUAAAGGGUUAAUGUAACAGACUGUAACGGGAAAAAAACACUCAUAAAGUCAAUUCCUUUAUAUGUCACUUCAGACUUGUGCAGGCUUUCAGCUGAUACUCAAGUGUUUACAGAUAAAAGGUGAAGCCAUUUAAACUGCCUGAGACCUGCACUGUUUGAUUCACUUUAUUUAAUGUGUAACUCUGUGUAACACGAACAACACAACAACUUUUUUUAAAAAAAUGUGUGCGAGAAUAUUUGUAUCUGUGUGUGUUUUGUAUGUUUAUUUUUAUCAAUGUCAGUGUACCCGGGGAUUGUAUAUAAACUACAGUAUAUGUGUACAUGUUUAGGUGCUUUUUGAACGAUGGAUUGUUUUUAAGAAAAAUACAAUUUCUAUUUUAUUAACUUUACUGUAACUUUGACUUUUGAUAUCCAGAUAUAUUAGUCUCUCUCUCUCUCUCUCUCUCUCUCUCUCUCUCUCUCUCUCUCUCUCUCUCUCUCUGUGUGUGUGUGUGUGUGUUUGUGAGUGUGUUUAUAAUAAAGUACAUGUUAAAGA